UCAUUGUCCUCCUUCCUACGUAGAGGACAGAAAUUAGGUAGGGGAGAAUCGCCUGAUCCUCCUUUUGAGGAGACAUACAAGAAACUUUUUGACGACAUAAGAAUUGGAAAAGCUUCAAACAUAAAUUACCACAACCUCUUUGUUGUAGAGGAAUGCGAGUUGCCAUUAAUAGACCUUGAGCUAUUAAAUGGAAGAGAAUUCGAGAGGGAAGAAUGCAAGAGAAAGAUAGCUAAAGCUUCACAAGAAUGGGGUUUUUUCCAAGUGGUGAACCAUGGGAUAUCACAUGAUAUAUUGGAAAAAAUGAGAAUGGAGCAAAUCAAGCUUUUCAAGAAGCCAUUCAAUGAGAAAAUGAAUGAAAAGAAUCACAAAUUCUCCAAAGGAAGUUACCGUUGGGGAACUCCGUCAGCUACUUGUCUUCAACAACUUUCUUGGUCCGAAGCUUUCCACGUUCCUCUCACUGAUAUCUCCAAUUCAAGUGGUCUUAGCAGCCUCAGGUACUAAAAUUAAACUCUUUAAAUUGUUAGCUUUGAUAUCUCUCUCUUUCUGUGUUUCCUCUUUGCAUUAUAUGUGUACUGAAGGAGAGGUGGUUGUGUGCACAACCAGUGGUGAAGCCAGGAAUUUCAUCUUGGGUGUUCAAACAUAAAUGAAGUGAAAAAAUCACCUAUAAAGAGUGUUCAAUAUAUGUUAAAUGUUAUAAACCCAAUAACAAUAGUCUAAGAAAAAUGAUUUGGUUACUAAUACAUUAAAGAACUCAGUACAAGAUAAGAUAGUGAGAACGGGGAUAGAGGAAAGUGAAGAUUACAGAAAGAAAGAAAGGGGAUGGGGACAGAGCCACAGAGAGAUGCGAGAGAGACAGAGAGCAGAGAGGGAGUUUCUAACAAUCUUCAGCAUACCCUUACUAUUGCUACUCUACCCUAUUUUAACUACUUUGGUUAAUUGUUUACAAUACUUGGGCCCAUCAACCCGGAUCUCACACCAUGGCCCAUUGAUUAUUUUUAUUCAUAAUAUUAUAUACCACUAAAAUAUAAU